AUGUUGGAGGGAGUCGUUGCCAAUCUUCUCAACCGAUUUCUAGGAAUUUACGUCAAGAAUUUCGAUGCAACGCAGCUUAACAUCGGAAUCUGGUCAGGCGACGUCAAGCUACGAAACCUCGAACUGCGCCGCGAAGCGCUCGAUCAGCUACGCCUCCCGUUGAACGUUGUUGAAGGCCAUCUCGGAGAGCUCACACUAUCCAUCCCAUGGUCAAAUCUACGAGGCAAACCGGUAAAAGUCGAUAUUGAAGAUGUCUUCCUCCUCGCGGCACCUCGAGAAGAUGCGGAUUACGACCCGGCCGAAGAAGAAAGGAGAGCAAAUGUACUGAAGAUGGAACGAAUUGAGAGCGCUGAGAUUCUGCGCGAGCGAAAUGCGGAGGGCAUGAGUCAAGAAGAACAGCGUCGGAACCAGAGCUUCACACAGAGUAUGAUUACGGCCGUGGUGGAUAAUCUGCAGAUUUCCAUUAAGAACGUGCAUUUCCGCUACGAAGACUCUAUCGCAUCGCCUGGACAUCCAUUUGCUGUCGGCUUGACGCUCAAGGAAUUGAGUGCUGUCAGCACAGAUGGAGAGUGGAAUCCAACUUUCAUCCAAUCCGACUCCGAUGUCACGCAUAAAUUGGCUGUCCUCGGGGCUCUCUCAGUCUAUUGGAAUACAGAUGCUACACUCCUCGGAACCGGACGGGGUUGUGACAUAGGUGCAAAAGCCCAGGGAAUUGACCGGGCCGAUUUGAUGGAGAAACUCAGGACAGCCAUUGAUGCCGAUGAAGGAAACCAAUUUAUGUUGCGACCCGUCAGUGGCCGUGCUGGAUUGGAGAUGGACAAGUCAGGCAAAUAUGAUCGGCCUGCAAUCAAAGCGCGAUUGCUGUUCGAUGAGCUCGGCUUUGUUUUGGAUGACAAACAAUAUCGCGAUGCGUUGAUGUUGGUGGAUUUGUUCCACUAUUUCAUUCGCCAUCAAGAACAUAAGAAAAUCCAGCCUAAGACCUCACCGAAGGAGGACCCCCGGGCAUGGUUCAGGUUCGCCGGAGAAGCUGUUCUCAGUAAGAUCCAGGAACGCAACAGACGUUGGACCUGGGGCUACAUUAAGGAGCGCAGAGAUGACCGAAUCGCAUACAUUGCCUUGUUCAAGAAAAAGAAGAAGGAAGAAAUCUUCACACCCGAAGAAACGAAGCAGUUGGAGAAACUGGAAGCCAAACUCAGCUACGAGGAUAUCCGAUUCUGGCGUUCACUUGCACGAAAUCAGCUACGGAAAGAAAAUGUCGGCGUCAAGAAACCCGCGGAACAACAAUCAUGGUCCGACUGGUUCUGGGGCGCUAAGAAAGAAGAGUCCGAGGAGACCAUGACUGAGGAACAGCGACAAGAGCUGUACAACGCCAUUGAUUGGGACGAAAAGAAAGCCAUCGCUGAAAGUGUUGAUGUACCUCGGGAAUGGGUUAAGCUUCAGGUCAACUGGAGUCUUCGGGCUGGUAGCUUCACUCUAAUUCAGGACCCCCAUGGCGCGGCGAACGAAGUCAUGAAGCUGGUAUUCGAUAAUUUCCGAGCCAAGGCUCUUCAGCGCCCUGAUUCAUAUCUUCUUGAUCUUGACCUUGGUGGAUUGAAGAUGUACGAUGGCACUACUGCCGGGACUCUCUAUCCCCAAAUUGUCAAGGUCAAGGAUUCUCUUCCUGAGCUUAUAGAAGAUCAAGAGUCAAGCGACGAUGAUGAUCUCGCCUCACAAGCUAGCGCGGAUGACCUUGAAGAUGAGGACAGUCUGUUCCAUUUGCAAUUGGAGAAGAAUCCACUUGAAAGCGAUGCAGACACAGCAGUGAAGGUCAAGCUGAAGAGUAUUGAAGUCAUCUACAAUCCUCGAUUCAUCGUAGGGAUUGUUAAGUUCUUUGAGCCCCCCGAGCGACACAUGGAAUCCAUCGGUGCUCUUCUGGACACUGCGGGAGCCACUGUUGAAGGGCUUAGACAGCAAACUCGAGCUGGCCUGGAGUUUGCCUUGCAAGAGCACAAGAAGGUCGAUGCGCAGUUCGACAUUAACGCACCCUUGAUUAUUGUCCCAGAAAGUAUCACACAACCAAGCUCCCUUUGCUUGAUUCUCGAUGCAGGUCAUGUGAGUGUUAACAGCGAGUUGGUCGACCGUCAAGCGAUGCGGGAUCUCCAGUCCAAGCAGAGUCACCAAUAUGAGGAAGAAGAUUACAAGCAACUAGAACAUCUGUUGUACGAUCGGUUCCUCAUUAAACUAGACUCCACUCAGGUCCUCAUUGGACCUGGCGUUGACGCAACCAAAGCGCAGCUUAAUAGAAAUGUCGAGUCUAGGAAUUUCCACAUCAUUGACCGCAUCAAUGUCGAUUUUGCCCUGGAGAUGUGCAUCGUGCCGAAGGUGACCCAGCUCACCCGAACACGCAUCUCUGGACAUUUGCCAGAGCUUCAUGCAUCAAUGUCCGAUACCAAAUAUAAGGGUUUGAUGAAGCUGAUUGAUAUUGCAAUCCCCCAAUUCGAUACAGAUACUCCUCCGUCUGGUUCAGUUGCCACGGCGGCUGCCAAGGAAGGAGCAGCCAUAGCUACACGAGCUAGAUCAGCAUCGUUCCAACCAUCAGCCCAACGAGAGCUUCCCGUUGUCGAUGACGAGGAGGAGUCCGAAACAGACAGCGACCAUGUGAAGAAGAGCGUGGAUACGCCGACUAACAUCCAUCGCAGGGACUUCGAAUUCAAGUUCACUGUCGGCCGUCUUCGUGGCUCGCUAUUCCGUGCCGAUCCCCAUGAUCCGCAACGAGAUGAUUUGUUGGUUGAACUGAUUGCGGAAGGCUUUGAGCUGGACUUCUACAUGCGUCCGUAUGAUAUGGUUGCCGAAGUUGUCCUGAAAUCGUUGAGCGUGGACGACUAUAUUGAGGAAAACCCGAUGCCUGAGUUCAAGAGAAUCAUUUCCUCCAAAGGAUUUGAUGCUGACGAAGACAAAGACCUGUUCCAGCUGAAGAUGGUGCGGGUCAAACCCGAGUCUCCUGAAUUUGACUCAACAUAUGAAGGGGUCGCCAUGAACCUUGACAUAGCCGUCUCGACUAUCAAUCUUGUCGUGACGAGGAAAACGCUUCUCACCCUCCUAGACUUCAUUCUCCUCACAUUUACAAACCCUCAACAGCCGACUGAACCUAGUCCAGAAACCGACAAGGCUAUCGAAGGCACAGAAGUUGUGGAAGAACAACCCCAGCAGGCUGGAAAGCUUCGCAUCAGAGCUAAUCUCAAGAGUAUUGCACUCGUCCUCAACAAUGAUGGGGUACGCUUGGCAACCUUGAGUCUCAACACUGCCGACGUGGGCAUCUUCCUCGUGGGCAGCUCUAUGCUCAUCCAAUCUCGUAUAGGCAGUCUGACCUUGGUUGAUGAUGUCAACCUGGGUGCCGCGGAGGACUCUGAUAUCCGGCGCCUGCUGACCAUAGAAGGUGAUAAUUUCGCCGACUUCAAGUAUGAGACCUUCGACCCAGCGAGUGACACGUAUCCCGGCUAUGAUUCCGAGGUCUAUCUGCGAUCUGGUUCCAUUAAGAUUAAUUUCCUGGAGGAGCCCUACCGUAAAAUCAUCAACUUCCUUGUCAAAUUUGGCAAAAUGCAAGCCAUUUUCAAUGCAGCUCGACAGGCUGCUGCCAACCAGGCCAAUCAGCUUCAAGAGAAUGCUUCGCGGAUGCGACUUGAUGUUGUUGUUAAGACUCCCAUCGUGGUUUUCCCACGCGCCAUGACGGAUGAUCGCCCUAGGGACACAAUCACUGCUCAUCUUGGUGAAAUCUAUGCCAAGAAUGAGUUUGUGCCCAUGGACGAAGGAAAGGAUAGCCCUGCUGUUAAUGUCAUCUCCACUGGUGUCCGCAACAUACGCCUUACCUCCAAGUUCAACUUCGAAGAUGGUACAUCUGAAGAACUAGAGAUGAUCCAAAAGGUCAACCUCGAGUUUAGUAUCUGUUAUCUGGAGCAUCAAGCCAAUAACCCACGCCCGGACAUGGAAAUUGAAAGUUCUCUGUCUCCUAUCAAUCUGCGCAUCUCCCAGAGUCAGCUCAAGUUCUUGCUGGAGCUUUCAAAGUCGAUACCAGGCGCUUUUGCCACCGAUGCUGAACAGCAAGAGCUCGAGGCUUUGGAAUCUUUGCCUUCAUCGGUGACUGAGCCUACGAGGGAGGCUACCUCGAAAGCAGCCCAAGCACAGAAUUCCCCCGGAGAAGCACCCACGGACAACACCGAAAUUCAGGAGACUUGGGUACGACUCGAUAUGAUUUUCAAGGUUGAUAGUAUUGGCUUGGAGCUUAUCCUAGCAAACGAUGAUCAACCUGUCGGUCACUUAGAGGAUUCGAGUCUGUCCAAGUUCUCUCUCAAUGACACCCGAGUGAAGCUACGCAUGUUGACAGAUGGCUCAUUGGAGUCGGAGCUUCUCAUCCAUUCGUUCUCCAUCCGUGAUAGUCGCAAGCAGGAUUCGAACAAAUUCAGGAAUAUCAUGUCUUUGAUCAACAACGAUGUCCAGCAGCAAUUCAUGGCUAGCGUAUCCAUGUCUGGAGGACCAGAAAAACAUCUCAUUGCGAUGCUGACAAUUGACAGCCCUCGCAUUAUGUUUGCCUUGGAUUAUCUCUCUGCUUUGCAGUCGUUCAGUCAGUCUGCAUUUGCCUCUGAAGAACCAAUCGAAGUAGUUGAAGAGGAGAGCGAGUCACCCGAGGAAUCCGAAACAGGAUCCCUAACUGCUACAAGCUCCGACAGAGCCAUAACCGAGGCUUCUUCGAGCGAUGCCACAUCAGCGGCUAUGACAGUAUCGUUCCGGGUGAACCUUGUCGACGCUCAAGUGAUUAUGGUGGCCAACCCUGCCAUUCCACACUCUGAAGCUAUCGUCCUUGGUACCAAGGAAGUUCUCAUUUCCCACCAAAAUGUAUCUACUCUGCAGAUCCAAAAGGUGGGCAUGUUCCUGUGCCGAAUGGAUAAGUUUGAAACUUCCCGACUUCGCAUUCUGGAUGAUUUCACACUUGAAAUGUCCGUUGAUAGCCGAGCACAAGAGAGAGGGUCUGCUUUGACUUCUAUUGAGGUUCACCUUGAGCCUCUGGUUCUCCGUUUGUCUUUGCGUGAUAUCCUGAUGGCAAUCCAGAUUGUCAAUAAGGCUUCCGAGAUGCGAGCUCAGAGUUCUCAGCAGACUGAAUCAGGGGAAGUGAAGAAAAUCGCAGACGCGAAGACUACCAGAGGCCGUUCUUCCAGCAAAACGUCUUCUGCUAUUGCUAAGAGGGCUCGUCGUUUGAGCCAAGGUGUUGCACAGCUGGAAAGGCCGAGUACUGCACAAAGUUCAGUUCUCCUGAAGCGGGAAGAGAUGUCUGCCAAGAUUGAUGGCAUUAGAGUCAUUCUCAUUGGUGAUCUACAUGAUCUACCUCUGCUCGAUUGGAGUGUCAAGAAAUUCAACGUGGAUGUACGCGACUGGUCAUCAACGCUGAAUGCCGAUACGAACUUUGAGACAUUCUUGAAUGUCUACAACUUCUCGAAGUCAGCCUGGGAGCCGUUGAUUGAACCAUGGCAACUGGGAUUCCAUAUGGCCAAGGAGGUCAAUCCGGAUAUCUUCUCUUUCGAUGUGUAUUCGCACAAAACGAUGGAGCUUACCGUAACAUCCGCCACAAUUGCCCUCGCAUCCAAAUCCUUCCAGUUCCUUUCAACGGACGAGGAUGUCCUUUCCAAGCCAAGAGGUGCUGAUGCCCCAUAUAGGAUUCGCAACUACACUGGAUUUGACCUCAGAGUUUGGGCCGAUGUUAGCACAGAAGGGGAUGGGCCAGCGGCGAAACUUGCUGAUGGAGAAGAAUCUCCAUGGCGAUUCGAAGAUUCUACCGCUAUCCGUGAAACUCUGACACCAGAAGGUCACGGUGGAGUGGUUGGUGUGAAGCUGGAGGGUAGUGGCUUUGACAGCAUCAGCCGCAUUCCUGUUGUGCGCGAAGGCGAGACUAUUUACGCCUUGAAGCCAAAGCAAGAAAAUGUUCUCCACCGCCUACUUGUCGAGGUCAAGUUGGGACCAGACAAUGUCAAGUGCAUCACAUUCCGCUCACCACUUCUCAUCGAGAACAACACUCAAAUUCCUGUUGAAUUGGGCAUUUUCAGCCCCGGAGAAGGCCACUUGUUGAAGAUCGAGAAGAUCUUGCCUGGCGAUGCACGACCAGCACCUGUUGGAUCCGCAUAUCUCCACUCCAUUGUUGUUCGUCCUGAUCAAGGCUUCGGAUAUGACUGGUCUGAUGAACGGCUAUUCUGGAAGGACCUUAUUAGGCGACCCACACGCACUGUCAAGUGUGUCAGCGAGAGUGGACAGCAGGCUCCUCCGUUCUAUUUCCAAAUGAACGCAACUUUCGACAGCAAAAAUUCGCUCACGGGCACCUAUCCCUAUAUGAGAAUCCGAAUCUUUGCUCCUGUUGAGAUUCAGAACCUUCUGCCUUACGAUUUCAAGUACCGCAUCUAUGACAAGAACACUAAGAAGGAUUGGACCAAUUUCUUGAGGAAGGGUGGCGUCAGCCCAGUCCACGUCGUGGAACUGUCUCAUUUGUUGUUGCUCAGCAUUGAUCUGCAAGAUACCGUCUUCCGUCAAAGCGAGUUCGCCAUUGUCAACGGUAAUGCGCAAGACUACCGCAGAGAGCAUACCUUGGCCCUCAAAGACGAGCGCGGUCUUCAACUGAAGUUGCAGCUUCACUACUUCAACAUCCCCAACAGUGGCGGUGCUUUCAAGGUCUCUGUGUACAGCCCAUACCUUAUUUUGAACAAGACCGGCCUUCCCAUGGACAUCCAAAGCAAAGCAUUCCUUCAAUCUGCAAGGAACGCUGCUGGUCAAGGGCUCAGAGCCGACCCAAGAGAUGAGGGACGUGCACUGCCGUACAUGUACUCUUAUGCCACCGAGGACCAGAAAAACCGAUCUAUCCUAAAAGUUAGCGAUUCUGCAUGGAGCAAACCGCAGAGUUUCGAGGCCAUCGGAAGUACCUUCGAGAUCAUAUUCCCCGACCGCCAAGGCAAAUCUGAGUUCCACUCCGGAGUGUCUGUUGCCGAAGGUGAGGGCAAGUACAAGCUGACCAAGGUGGUCACUCUGGCCCCACGUUUCAUCCUGAAGAGCAAUCUGAACGAGGAUAUCCUGGUGCGCGAGCCAGGCUCGUCCAACGUCCUCCAGGUCCAGAAUGGCAAGUUGGUGCCACUUCAUUUCUUGCGCCAGGUCCAAGAGAAACAGCUGUGCCUGUGUUUCCCUGGUGUCAACAACCAAUGGUCUUCUCCGUUCAGCAUUGCAGACGUUGGAACCGUACAUGUCAAGUUGGCCAAGGCCAACCAGCGCCAGAAGCUGAUCAAGAUUGAUAUCAUCCUGGAAGCAGCAACUCUUUUCUUGCACUUCAGCGUUGAGUCUCGUAACUGGCCCUUCUCCAUGCGCAAUGAAAGUGAUAUGGAGUUCAUCUUCUAUCAAGCCAAUCCAAAUGUGGAGGACGAUGAUGACGAAGAUGAUCAGACUAGCGGCUGGAGGCCAAUCCGAUAUCGAAUCCCCCCACGGAGUAUCAUGCCAUAUGCAUGGGACUACCCUGCGACGAAAAACAAGUCGCUCGUGUUGACCUGCCAGGGCAAAGAGCGUCAUAUCAAGCUUGCUGAGAUAGGAAACCUGAUUCCAAUGCGGAUUCCACCCUCGCAGCCUGGCGGAUACCAGAAGAUCAUUGACAUCAAUAUUACUGCCGAUGGCCCGACUCAAACGCUUGUACUGUCCAAUUUCAAGGCAUCGAAGAGUAUGUACAAACAACAAAGGGGACAAUCUUCACAGACUGGCACAAACACCGGGUUCGAGGUCAAGGAAAUGAACUCGGACGUCAACUUCAAGGCACAACUCCGUCUGGGAGGCAUUGGAAUCUCAUUGAUCAAUCAGAACCUGAAGGAACUGCUUUAUCUCACCUUCCGCGAGAUUGAGAUCAAGUUCAGGGAGUCAAGAUUGUAUCAGACUCUGAACACCACCAUCAAGUGGAUUCAGAUUGACAACCAGCUUUACGGUGGCAUCUUCCCCAUCUUGCUUUAUCCCAGUGUUGUUCCGAAGACUGGAAAGGAGAUGGAAGCACACCCGAUCUUCCACGCAAUGGUUACACGGGUCAAGGAUGACUCGUACGGUGUUCUCUAUAUCAAGUACGCGACUCUGCUUCUACAGCAAAUGACUUUGGAACUUGAUGAGGACUUCAUCUUUGCCAUGCUUGACUUUGUCAAGAUUCCUGGUGCUUCCUGGACCGAGGAACAAGAGGGCAAACUGUGCGAUGGAGACCUCAACAUUCCAGAGCCACAACAGGCAGACAAUGGACAAGAUGUGUACUUCGAGCUCCUUCAUCUCCAGCCCAUGCAGUUGGAUAUUUCUUUCAUGCGUACCGAGCGCGUCAACGUGGAAGAUACUAUGCAGCCCUCUAACCCAUUGAUGUUCUUUGUCAAUGUUAUCUCGAUGUCGAUGGGCAAUGUCAAUGAUGCACCUAUCCGACUCAAUGCUCUAAUGCUCGAGAACGCUCGCGUUUCUUUCCCCAGACUGGUCGGCAAUAUCCGUGAACACUACACUCAAGAAUUCCUGGGCCAGGUCCAUAUCAUUCUCGGCUCGGCUGACUUCUUGGGCAAUCCUGUCGGUUUGUUCAAUAAUGUCAGCUCUGGUGUCGCGGCCAUCUUCUAUGAGCCAUAUCAGGGUCUGGUCAUGACCGACCGUCCCCAAGAACUGGGCAUCGGUAUUGCUAAGGGUGCCACAAGCUUCUUUAAGAAAUCUGUCUUCGGAUUCUCGGACAGUAUGGCCAAGCUCACUGGAAGUAUGUCCAAGGGUCUUGCUGCUGCUACUCUUGAUAAGGAGUUCCAGACUCAGCGCCGGAUGUCUAAGGUCCGCAACCGUCCCAAGCAUGCGUUGUACGGAAUCACGGCUGGUGGCAAUGCAUUUGCAAGUAGUUUGGCAAGCGGCAUCGGUGGCUUAGCACGUCAUCCACUACAAGGCGCUGAGAAAGAAGGUAUCCAAGGAUUCUUCAAGGGUGUUGGAAAGGGUGUUCUAGGCCUGGCCACUAAACCGGCAAUCGGUGCCUUCGAUCUUGCCUCCAACCUUGCAGAAGGUGUCCGCAAUACUACUACUGUCUUCGAUGCAGAAGGUCUCGAUCGUGUCCGACUCACCCGCUUCAUUGGUACUGAUGGCAUCGUGCGCCCGUACUCGCAGCGUGAAGCUCUCGGACAGUUUUGGCUGAAGACUACUGACGACGGCAAAUAUUUCAACGAGGACUACAUUGCCCAUCUCGAACUUCCUGGUCGAGACAUGCUGGUUCUGUUAACAUACGCGCGUAUCAUGCUCGUCCGCACGAAGAAGCUCGUCACCGAGUGGGAUAUCCGUCUCACGGAUAUCCAGACCAUCUCCAAAGAGCGCACCGGAAUGAGUAUCACCCUCAAGGGAGGUGCCAACGGACCCUUCAUUCCUGUUCAAGACGAAAGCUCGCGGAACUGGCUGUAUAGACAGAUUGCUGUCGCGGUCAAUGCUUUCAAUGAGAAGUAUAAUUCCAGGGGAUAG